UUCUCCAGAAGUUUCCCCCUUGGGCGGCGGCGGCGUAGCUCAUAACCUCGGAGGUAGCAGCUCUAACAGCAACAGCGAUUUUUAGGGAUGGCGGCAGCUGCAGCAGGACCUGCAACAGUCCAGAAGUUUUUCCGGAGCUUCUCAGAUGCUCUGAUCGAGGAGGACCCCCAGGCGGCGUUAGAGGAGCUGACUAAGGCUUUGGAACAGAAACCAGAUGAUGCUCAAUAUUAUUGUCAAAGAGCUUAUUGUCACAUUCUUCUUGGGAAUUACUGUGAUGGUGUUGCUGAUGCAAAGAAAUCUCUUGAACGCAAUCCAAAUAAUUCCACUGCUAUGCUGAGAAAAGGGAUAUGUGAAUACCAUGAAAAAAACUAUGCGGCUGCUUUAGAAACUUUUAUAGGAGGACAGAAAUUAGAUAGUAUGGAUCCUGAUUUCACUGUCUGGAUUAAAAGGUGUCAAGAGGCCCAGAAUGGAUCACAAUCUGAGGUGAGGACUCAUCAGUCAAAAAUCAAGUAUGACUGGUAUCAAACAGAAUCUCAAGUAAUCAUUACACUUAUGAUCAAGAGUGUUCAGAAGAAUAAUGUAAAUGUGGAAUUUUCAGAAAAAGAGUUGUCUGCUUUGGUGAAACUUCCUUCUGGAGAGGAUUAUAAUUUGCAGCUGAGGCUUCUUCAUCCUAUAAUCCCAGAACAGAGCACAUUUAAAGUACUUUCAACAAAGAUUGAAAUUAAAAUGAAAAAGACAGAGGCUGUGAGAUGGGAAAAGCUAGAGGGGCAAGGAGAUGUGCCUAAACCGAAACAGUUCAUAGCAGAUGUAAAGAACUUAUAUCCAUCAUCAUCUCAUUAUACAAGAAAUUGGGAUAAAUUGGUUGGUGAAAUCAAAGAAGAAGAAAAAAAUGAGAAGUUGGAGGGAGAUGCAGCUUUAAACAAAUUAUUUCAGCAGAUCUAUUCAGAUGGUUCUGAUGAAGUGAAACGUGCUAUGAACAAAUCAUUUAUGGAGUCUGGUGGUACAGUUUUGAGUACCAACUGGUCUGAUGUAGGUAAAAGGAAAGUUGAAAUCAAUCCUCCUGAUGAUAUGGAAUGGAAAAAGUACUAAAUAAAUUAAUUUGCUAUCACUGUAUUGCAUAUAUUCACCUAUGCUUAUUGUGUAUUAAUAUCGCAUUCUUGAAUUUUGAACUCUGAGUAUCUUUUUGAAAGGUUAUACCUCUUUACCUCUUUGUGCUUUAGAAAUUAUUUUCCUUCCAAGUGUUCGAAGAGUCUAAUGAAGAACUAAGAUCAUAUUUUAACACUUUUGUCCUUAAAGAUUUCAGACAUGCUGAAAUGGAAUGAAGUAUCAUUUGCUACUAGAUAGAUUAGUUCUACCUAGUUAUGGAAGUGGAAGAAUCAUCAGUGGGAUAUCUUGGGUUAUUGCCUUAUUUUUGAUGGAGUAUUCUGUUAAUAAUUUAUUAGAUUUGGCAGUUUUGGGUGAGCAUAGAUUUUUUUUCACCUUCCGUGUUACAUUGUUUGCUUUUAAAAACUGCUUUUGGAUGGAGUUGUAAAUACAAUUUUUCUAUGAAGAA